UUUAGCUACUAAACAUACAGCUGGAGAAAAGAUGAUUUCGUAUUGUCCCAUUUGCGCAAAGCCAGUUUAUUUUGCUGAGAGAAAACGUUCACUUGGCAAAGAUUACCAUCCCUUAUGCCUGAAGUGUUUUCAGUGCAAACGGCAGCUAACAGCUGGUCAGCAUGCAGAGUAUGAUGAUAAGCCAUAUUGCAACCAUUGCUACUUGCUGCAUUUUGGACCAAGAGGUAAAGGAGCACGUGGAUCAAUAUCAAGACCUUCAGCUCAUACUGCAACAGUGCCUCCUUCAUCCAAACCAGCAGCAGAGAACAAAGACAGAUGAUAAGGGUCUGGAUUCAUGAAGACUGAAAUGGGCAAUGUGGCUUGUACCCUUCUCCACAUACACAAAUUUUAAGCUACUAAAGGGGUAAUUCAACUUUCAGUUAAUUUUUUAGUAUGUUAUAGAACAGCUAAUUCUGAGCAAUUUUUCAGUUAGUCUUCAU